GUCUGCACGGUGCAGUGUGCAGACGUCAUUGAUUUUCAGUUCAACCAAUCAGAGCACAGGAGGCGGCCCCGAAGUUAGAUUGACUUACCAUAGCAUGAGAAGUAAACCUCAUGGAGUGACAUUUUGAUAAAGGUGAAAAUUAAUCGCAGUCAUAACGAUCAUGACCGAAGACAACAAGUCUGCCUAUAUUGAUUUAGGUCUCAAAGAAAUGGAGGACAGUGUAGAAGAGAAACUGUGUGGGAAAUGGAGAGUUGCCUGCGGUUUAUGCACUUACAACUUCAAGGAUGUCUUCACAUGGCAUCUGCUGAAGACCAUAGUCAUGGGCCAGGUCUUGUCUGUACUGAUCUGCGGUACAGCUGUGAGCUGUCAGUACCUGGUUGAUGCCGGGGUGGAGACGCCCAUGCUGCAGAGCUUCCUCAACUAUUCCUUGCUGCUACUCGUCUUUACCACCAAUCUCAGCACACGCAAAGAUGAGAGAAACCUACUACAAAUUUUAAAAACCAAGUGGUGGAAGUAUUUGUUGAUGGCUCUGGCAGAUGUGGAAGCAAACUAUGCAGUUGUGAAGGCCUACCAGUUUACGACACUGACAAGUAUACAGCUGCUGGACUGCUUUGUGAUCCCAGUGUUGAUGCUACUUUCCUGGGUCUUCCUCAAGACUCGCUACAGGGCGGGCCACUUUGUAGCAGUGAUGGUGUGUUUGUUUGGGGUGGGGGCUAUGAUAGGGGCCGACAUUCUGGCUGGAAGAGACCAGGGAUCUACCAGCCAUGUUGCCCUGGGUGACGGAUUGGUACUACUCAGUGCCGUCCUCUAUGCUGUAUCCAACGUUUGCCAAGAGUACACGGUGAAGAACUUGAGCAUAAUCGAAUUCUUGGGCCUGAUGGGCCUGUUUGGGACGCUCAUCAGUGGCAUACAGCUAGCAGUACUGGAAACCCAUGCAGUAGCAGCGAUAAAGUGGGACCUUUAUAUUUCCAUGCUGUUUGCCAUCUAUGCCCUGUGUAUGUUUGCACUGUACAGCCUCAUGCCUGUUGUGGUGAAGAUGACCAGUGCUACUGCGGUCAACCUGUCUCUACUCACCUCUGAUCUUUUCAGUCUCUUCUGUGGCCUCUUUCUCUUCCACUACACAUUUUCAGCCCUGUACGUCAUUGCGUUUGUUGUCAUCGCCAUGGGCUUUAUCACAUUCAAUGCCAUUCCCACAUACUCUGCUUGACCUGAGGACAACGGUGCCAAAGUGUUUGCUGGUCACACAGCCGACAGCUCCUCACAUCAGCUGCUGGCAGCAGAUAAA